AGCCAAAGAAACCCCUGCCCCGCUCUCUCGACCUCGCCCUCCUCUCCCUCAUCCCAUCCCCGCUCUCGUCCUCUUGGAAGCUCGUAACAGUCGGAAUCUUCCGGAAGCUUCCAUGGCCGAGAAGCGGCCGAGCUCCGAUGCCCAGUCGGAGGAGAAGCGCGACGCUACUGGCGGCAGGCCGCCGUCGCCGCCUCCUAUGGUGGAGAGCUCCCCACCGGCCAAACCAGGCGCCGAUGCUUCUCCGGCCGAGAAGGAAGACGGCUCGGAGGCCGUGGAACCGCCGAAUUCCACAGCCAGGGAGAAUCCGGUGGCGGGGGAAGCCGACGGGCGGCCGUUCUCGCAGCUGCUGGCCGGGCCCAUGGCGUCGCCGGUGGGGAGCCCCCGCGCGACGCCGAUCCUCGCCGUGCCGGUCGACGCCAUGCGGCUCCCGAUGGUCGCGGUGCCUUGCUUCCUGGCUCCCGCUGCGCUGCUCGAGUCGCCAAGAUUCUCGGGGCAAUUUGCAAUGACCCAUCAAGCAGCCUUGGCAACGGUCACAGCUCAAGCACAAAUGCAGCUACAAGCAGCAUAUCCAUCUUCUUCAUCAGAAUUAGUCUCAACUUCAGUUCCCCAGACCAUGUUGUCUAACAUUAGCCCUGUGUCAUUUCAACAGAGACCUCCAACAGUCUGCCAGGACAGUGUUUGUAUGCCAGAGACUGAACAGCUGCCUUCUUCUGACCAGAAACCUCAAUCUUCGCAUAUUGUUGCAAAGACAGCUAUCAGUGAUGGGUACAACUGGAGGAAAUAUGGUCAGAAGCAGGUGAAGAGCAGUGAGAAUUCCCGAAGCUAUUACAAAUGCACAAAUACCAGUUGUUGUGCUAAGAAGAAGGUUGAACGUUGUCCUGAUGGCCGGGUUGUUGAAAUAAUUUACAGAGGCCAACACAACCAUGACCCUCCUCAGAAAACUAAAUGCUCAAAAGAGAGAGGAACUCAGUCUGUUGUGCCUAAUGGAGAUAACGAAACCUUAGAACAUCCAAGCAGUGAAAUUAAUGAAUCUGAUCCUUCAACAUGUAAAACAGAACAGAUUUCUGGCAAUGAGACCCCUGAACGACAGUUAUACUGUUCUAGUGAUUGCGAAGGGGAUGCUGGGAUUAAGACUGCAGAAGAUACUGGUGAGGAACCAGAUCCAAAGCGCAGGCUUGUUGAAAGCAUGAUGCAUAUUUCAACACCGGUACUCAGAACAGUGAGGGAACCCAAAAUUGUUGUGCAGAAAGCAUGUGAUGUAGGGCAUGUAAGUGAUGGCUAUAGGUGGCGUAAGUAUGGACAGAAAAUUGUCAAGGGAAAUCCCAAUCCCAGGAGCUACUAUAGGUGCACACAUAAUGGAUGUCCUGUUCGUAAACACGUUGAGAAGGCUUCUGAUGAUGCAAAAGCUAUGAUUAUGACUUAUGAGGGCAAACACAACCAUGAGCCGCCAACCCCCCAAAAUACCAGUGAUUCACCCGGUGCUGCUCUUAUCACCGCUGCAACGGCAGAUACUGAUGAACAACGGAAUAAAUCUGAUUCAUUAUUAGAUCAGAAACCCUCAAAAGAAAUGCGACCAGAUGUAGGUGGAGACUUGAGUGGUGAGAGGGCAAUAGAACUUGGAGGUGAGAAGGCAUUGGAAUCCGCUCAAACUCUUCUAAGCAUUGGUUUCAACUCGGCAUCAGGGGAGGCCACGAGAACUAAUUCCGAGAGUGUGAAACACCCGCUUUUUAGCGAAAAUCCUGCAGCAGUACCAGUUCAAAACUCUUGAUGCAUGUUGCUGUUUAUUUGCUGUUUUGUCAACUUAUAUUAUUGUAUUUGCUUCUGUAUAAUGGCGUCCCUGAUCUAAGAUCUAGACAUUCCAUUGUAGCAUCAUCAGUUCAUAAAGAGUAUGUUAUGAAUCACCGUUUCCACGCUUUGUAGAGAUUUUCGCGCCUGCACAAUCUUGGAAAAAUUUAUUUAUGGCCCCAA